GAGGGAGAGGGGAGGGACGGGCUAGGUGUCUGCUGCUCCGCGCCACUGCUGCCGGCGCCCGGUCCUCGUCCCCAGCAGCCCCCUCUGCAGCUAAGGGUUUACCACCGCAGCACCUCGUUUUCCUCGCCUGCCUCUUCAGCCACAGCUCUGCGAUCUCGCGAGAGUGGCUGACUGGCUGUGGGGGUUGCGGCGGCAGCAGGCGGAGCCGGGGAGGGAAAGCAGCGGCGGCUGAGGCGACUGAGGCGGCGGGCGGAGCGGCAGGCGGCGGCGCGGCGGCGGAGCGCAGCAUCAUGGCGGACCGAGACAGCGGCAGCGAGCAGGGUGGUGCGGCGCUGGGCUCGGGCGGCUCCCUAGGGCACCCGGGCUCGGGCUCAGGCUCCGGCGGGGGCGGUGGUGGCGGCGGGGGCGGCGGCGGCAGUGGCGGCGGCGGCGGGGCCCCGGGGGGGCUGCAGCACGAGACGCAGGAGCUGGCCUCCAAGCGGGUGGACAUCCAGAACAAGCGCUUCUACCUGGACGUGAAGCAGAACGCCAAGGGCCGCUUCCUCAAGAUCGCAGAGGUGGGCGCUGGCGGCAACAAGAGCCGCCUCACCCUCUCCAUGUCUGUGGCCGUGGAGUUCCGCGACUACCUGGGCGACUUCAUCGAGCACUACGCGCAGCUGGGCCCCAGCCAGCCGCCCGACCUGGCCCAGGCACAGGACGAACCACGCCGGGCGCUCAAGAGCGAGUUCCUGGUGCGCGAAAACCGCAAGUACUACAUGGAUCUCAAGGAGAACCAGCGCGGCCGCUUCCUGCGCAUCCGCCAGACAGUCAACCGGGGGCCCGGCCUGGGCUCCACGCAGGGCCAGACCAUCGCGCUGCCCGCACAGGGGCUCAUCGAGUUCCGUGACGCUCUGGCCAAGCUCAUCGACGACUAUGGAGUGGAGGAGGAGCCGGCCGAGCUGCCCGAGGGCACCUCCUUGACUGUGGACAACAAGCGCUUCUUCUUCGAUGUGGGCUCCAACAAGUACGGCGUGUUUAUGCGAGUCAGCGAGGUGAAGCCCACCUACCGCAACUCCAUCACCGUGCCCUACAAGGUGUGGGCCAAGUUCGGACACACCUUCUGCAAGUACUCCGAGGAGAUGAAGAAGAUUCAAGAGAAGCAGAGGGAGAAGCGGGCCGCUUGUGAGCAGCUCCACCAGCAGCAGCAGCAGCAGCAGGAGGAGACCACCGCUGCCACCCUGCUACUGCAGGGUGAGGAAGAAGGGGAAGAAGAUUGAUCAAACUGAAUGAAACACACACACACACACACACAGACACACACACAGACACACACACGCGCGCAUUCACGUACGUGUGUACACACACACACACACACACACACAACCACACACAGAGAGAAAUAUACUGUAAAGAGAGAAAAUAAAAAGUUAAAAAGUUAAAAAAAAAAAAAACUUAAACUCCAAGGGAGCACCACCCACAGAACCUCCACCAACUGACAGUUUCUCUUCUUGACUUGCCACCCAUCGCUGGAUGUUGUCCACUUUAUCCACCAUGUAAAACAGUAAGCAGCUGCUAAAAACAAAAAACAAAAAAAUAUACAAAAAGUAAUAACAUUAUAUGAACUGUGUUUCCUACUUGAUUAAAAAAUAUAAAGAACUGAGUGUUUAUUUCCCUAAUUAACCAAGAACUUUUGUACACGUUUAAGCUAUUAUUAUUAAAAGUGUUUGCAAAAUGGUCAAGAUUAUAAUAUUGCUGAAUUAUAUAAAAAGUCCUUUUCAUGUUGAGCUAACAUUUGACUUUAGCACAAAAAAAAAAAGAGAUAUUUUAGAACACGUAAAAUAAUAUUUUUAGUUUUUCUCAUUUUGUUACCAAAUUUCAAACCUUACAUGGAGGUUAUUAUAGUAUAUUUGACAUCCUAUAUACCUGUGAUUAGAGAUGUGUAUAUAUAUGAGGGCUAGGCAUGCUGUGUGUCUGAGCUUUGUCUAAAUGUUAUGCAGAAGUUUGUAGAGUUCAAGGUACGUAGGUUUAAUUCAUGCAAGGUAAACAAUAAGUGCUCUCUUUUAUACAAUAUGCAUUGCAUCUGGACCUUAAACAUAUAAAAAAUGGUCAGUGAAACUUCUGUGAACAUGAAGAAAUUAUUAAAAAAGGCAUUUAAAUGAAAUUUGCUAAGUUGUGAUUUUUAUGGUUGGAACCAAAGUUAUUCAAAUAGUAAAAGAAGAAAGAGAAAGAAAAAGGAAAUUUCCCAUAAUAUUUUUCUGCAUCUGUUUGCUUUGACUGAGUAGGUGUUUUGUUAUUAUUGUGUAUAUGAGAUGUACUUGUAUUGUUCAUAAUAUAUAUUUUUUAUUAUGUGUAGAAAGAUUUUAAAAACCUAACUAACGUGCAGCAAUUUCCAGUGAACCUGUACUUGGAUAUCAGGUAGUGAGUCUAUUUGUGGUCACUAGCACUGUCUCCUAAACUUGUAAUAGGUCUGAAGCUAUCCUUUGAUUUUUGCCAGUGCUAUUAACUUAUGUAGACCUGUUUGAAAGCAAAGCAACACCAUUAUAGUUAUCCUACUGAGCCAUGGAUUCUGAGUUUCAUUUCAAAGUGAAAGCCAAGUUGGUGUAUGUAAAGGAUUUCCAUGUAGCUGUGGUGCUAGUUAUUACUGGCUACAUUAUAUGUAAGUGUAUUUGUGUUCCCCAAGUGUACAAGCCUUCUGUCACAAGUAUGUUCUCUUAUUAUCACUCAUAUUCAAAGUGUAGGUAUGAAGAUGCAGGCUUAGGAGAGCGCUUUACCAAGCGGUGUCCUCCACGGAAAUUGUUUGUAACGACAGUCUUUUACAGGUUUUCAGUUAGAGAUGUUCGUGUGCUUUUAAUUGACAACUAACUUCUUGCUGCUGUAUAGUAAAAUAUUAAUAUAUUUUUUAUCAUUAAACUGCUGCAUGACUAUCAUCUUUGAGUGAAGAGAAAAUGUUAUAAAAAAGAUGCCUUAAAUACAGUACAUUUUGGUUUGGAAUUCUGUAGAAAGUAUUUUGGUAAAAAAAGAAAAAAGAAAAAAAGAGGAUCUUGGAUCUUGUCUUGACAGAGAGAGUUCUGGACAUGCAAUUGUUUCUUGGCAAAUCCAGCCAUCUAGAUCUACCUGCUGUAUGUAGAAGAAACCACCUGUAGGACUGGGAAGGUGUCAGUACCUUUCCCAUUGGAAAGCAUCCGCCUAGGAAGGCAGAACAGUUGUCUUUUUUGAAGGAUUUUUUUUUUUUUCCCUGCUGGCUCUUUAGGUUUUGAUUUGAUAUUUUUAAGCUUUCUGGUUGUGUUGUCUUUGUUUUUGAGAUCUACUGUAUGUGUUGAAUAACAAGCUAUUUUCAUUGUACUGUGCAUUUUCCCAUUGUUUGCUUUUCAUAUUCAUACAAUGUUAAAUAUGAGGUGACCGUACAAUAGUUAGGAGUUUCUUUACUUACAAAAUCACUGGAAAUUAUUAAAUUGCUUUCCCCUCCCCCCAAGGUGCAUUUUUUAUUAUUUUCAUAUAGUAAAGUUGAGCUUUUACAGUGCAUAAUGUGACAUUUGGAAUGCUUAUCAACUGCAUGUAAACAUUAAUAACCUGCACUUUUUGUCUUAAGGUUUGUUGAGCUGUUUUGUUCACUGUACUUUAACUGUGAUAUGGAAAAGAUUGCAUUCUCUGUGCUGUUUCUAAUUAGGAAAGAGAAUUGCUUUGAUUUUGUCUCUUGUUUACUAUAGCUUCUUAAAGUUAAGCCUUGUGCUACGAGUUGUUGGAGUACUCCUAGAUCAGUGUUUCGUAGUAGCCAGCAGUCAGUAGUGCAAGUCAACAAACACAGCAAACUUAGGCAAAGUGUCCUUUCUUUGAGAUGCAAGUUCUUUCAUAAGGUUUGCUUUAGGGUCAGCUGCCUAAAGUGAAACCUUUCUUCCUAUAGACUUCAGAUUCUGCUUGGAAUCCUACUGGAUUGAGAAGCACAUGUACUGUGCUGUUGUCUUUACACUAUGACAGUUAAACACAAUCUUACUAGGACUUUGAAUCCAUUGUCUGAUUUAUGAUCAGUGGGUUUAAAAAGAAAUCCACAUGCAGAUCUUUUAAGACUUAAAAAGUGGUCAUAGAGAAAACUGAGUGACUGUAAAGAUGCUCUUUUUGUUUAAAGCAUCUCACUUUCUCUCCCCAUUGACCUCCGACCUCCCCUUCUCCUAUUUCAUCCUUCCCCUACAUUUCCCCUCCCAGGUGCUCGGUACUACACCAAGGUUCUAUAUUUCAGUGUAUUAUGUUAGAGUCUCUUCUUGUUUUUAUUUUACUAGUAGGUAGCCCAGUUUGUGCUGAAAAAAAAGUGGGGGGGUAUAUUUGACCAUAUGUGUUAUUCAUAGAAGACAGUAUGAUCAAAUGUGCCAAAAACAAGCAAACAGAACUUAAUUCAUGACAAGUAUGCCUUAUUUUUAUUGAUCUGCUUUGUCUUACAAUUAAGGUCCAAGAGCUUGGUUAAACUAUGUUAUUUGCCUAAGUAAAAAAAAAGAAAACUUGAAAUGCAUUGAGAUAUUGAUGUUCUUUAAAAUGAGAGACACUGUCAAGUAAUUUGAUCCAGAGAUCAGCCACCAGAUUUGAAGAGUGCCUGUGUGUGUGUGUGUGUGUGUGUGUGUGUGUGUGUGUGUGUGUGUGUUGGUUGGUGGUGGUGGUGAUGGUGGUAGUGGUAGUGGUGAUGGUAUUUGUGGGUUUUUCUCCCCUUAAAUCACCAAAUCUUAUUUUUAAAGCUACCUUUUAUUUGUGCCUCCUAUUUAUCAUGCAGAUGUUAGAAGCAGCAGUCAUCCAGCCACAGAGGGAGCUAAAGUUAACUAACCAGAACUCUAGAAAUCAUCAUACAUGCCUUUGACAACAAAGGAAGUUCAUAAGAAAGCCAUGUUGGCUUUUCCUCUACUAGACACACAUUGGAGGUAGAUGAACAUUUGCCAAAUGAGAAAAAAAGACAAAUUCAGGAAAGACAAACUGUUUUCCAGCUUCUCAAAAGCCAUGGAAAGUAGAAACCAAAACCAAUGGGAAAUUUAAAAAACCUUGAAAGUCUCACUUUCUAGUCCCAUGCAGGGGUUAAAAUUUGACUCAAAAUGGAAAGUCUUAUCAAUUUUUGUUUUUAGACCUUUGCAUCUAAAGAUGGAUAACUAUUUGUUUGAUUUUUUUUUUUCAGGUAAUAGAGAAAGCUGCUAGUGAUUUUAACCCCUGCUGAAAGGAGACAGAUAAUUUCAUUUGGGAGCAAAUACUUAUUGCCUUGAGAAACAGCACUAUAAUAGUCUAUGUUCAUUAGUCGUAGAAUAACCUUUAUCCCUUUCAAGCUAUGCAAAUUAUUAAAUAAGUGUAAAUUAGAAUUCAAUUAAAGAGUUGAUUAUAUUGCAAUCAGAUGGCAUUCACAAACUUAACUGAAGCAUAUACAAAUAAAAUCUAAUAAUUUAAGAGUUUUUUUUUUUUAAUGCUGACAUAAAUAUAAUUUAGCUACCUGAUGCUGAAUACUAUUAACAUUGUAUGAUAGGUCUGGGAAGACUGCCUCCUUUUUUUGAAGAGAGAGAUUAAGAAUUUUUAUAAUUGUUUUUCAUCAAAUUUUAAUAUUUUUGUCAAGUUUUUAGGUAUUUAAUUUGUAAAACAGUUUGCUUUGUACUGGCAUACAGAUAUUAGGGUAUUGAUUUUAAACUUUUUGAAGCCAAGUGAUCAAGUACAUUUGUAAUAAAAAUCAAUGGAUCUCUAUCAGUUGUACUCACUGUUUUCAUUUCUUGUUAUUACCAAUGUAGGAAUUUGUACCUUUUGCUGCAUGAGAAUGGAGCUAAAUUUGGGUGGAAGGGGGUGGGAAAGAUAAAUCUGUUGAGAAUAAAUAACCUGGGUGGAUUUGGUGGCCCAAGCACUUCAGAGCAUAGUAAGAUUUAGUGUAUUAGAAAAGAUGUAAAAUCAUCAUCUUCUUCUUCCUGGUUUUUUUAAAUGGAACUUAAUGUUUGGAGAAGUUAUCUCCGUUUUGUUUUUGCGCUUUAAAAUCUUGUGUUUUGGCAAUGUUGAAACUUUUUAAACACAUUUUUCUCUCAUGACAUUUUGGGAUAUUCGGCCAGCCAUGGUGACCCCACCAUGGGCAUGGAAUUAUUUUUGUCUUUACAUGGCUUACCCUCUCUUCUCCAGUAUUUUCAUUAGUUUUUUUUUUUUCCCUCGUGUUAUACACUCAUAUUUCCAGAUGAUUUUAGAAUGGGCUUCCUGAAUUUACUUGGGUAGCUUUCAUAACUCCAGUUUUUUUAAAUACAUAAGUGUACUUUUAGUAUUUUAUUCCCCAUAAAAACAGAUAGGAAAUAAUUUUUCUCCUUUUUUGUUGUUUCUUGGAUAUCAGGAUAAGAUUUUGUUUAUUAUGUGAAAGAAAGCUAAGACAAAGGCAUCUUGAGCACUUUAGAUUUGAAACAGUGGGUGAUUACAGAGUGUAACAUUCAUGGUUGUUAUCUCUAAAUCUGAAUAUCAGUAAUUCAGAGAGAGCUCAUGUUUUGUCAUGAGAAUAAACUAAGGGAGAGAUCUUUUUAAUUGCUUAAGCAAAUUUACCAGUUUUAUAAGUUUGUUUUAAACUUUUAUCAAAUUUCAAAACAUUGUUGAAACAUUGUAAGCCAAAUUUAGGCCAUUCAUAGUAACGUACUCUAUUAAACGAAAGUGACCACUACUUAAGAUGACUGUUUAUCCAGCAGCACUAAUCACCAUAGCUCUGCAGAGUUUGCAGUGCAUUUUUUAAGAAAAGCUGAUUUAAAGAUUUAUGAAGCUAUUUGAUCCUAAAACCAAACCUAAAUUUAAGGCCUAGGCCAUCCAACUAGCUCUUUUUGAGCAGAAAUUUCAUUAUUAUGGGCUAUGUAAUGGUGAUCUAAACUAGCAUUAGUUAGAAUUUUAAGAUUCAAGAGCAACCAGAUGAAAUAAGAAAUGUGGCUGGCUCUAAGCUGUUUGCCAUCUUCCAUCUACAAAUGGAGUAACCAGACUUUGAUAUUAAAGGAUCUAGGCAUCUUAUGUCUUCAGAAAAGUGGACUGUGGAAAGUAGCCUCUUGUUGACGUUUUUUUCUUGUAAGAACUGUCUAGUUAUUCUUUCAUUUCUGCCUUCAUGUUAGGUUUUGUGUCUCCUUCCAUUACAUUCGGUAUCUCCUCCCUCCUUCCCUUUCCCUCCUUUCCUUCUGUUGACUAGCUUUUGUGGAAAAUUGUCUUGUUAAUAGGUGUAGAAAUGUAGUGAUCUUUUGUGUAAAAUAAAACUACUUUUUACAGGCCAGAAACAUUUUAUUGUUCUUGGAAUCAUAAUAUUUUUGUGCUUCCAUGAAUACAUACUUCAUUUUUAUUAUUAAUUUGCAUAUUUUUAGCAUUUCAUGGAGGGAAAAUUAAACUAAUGAGUUUUAAUUUUCUUGGUUAGGUUCCACUUUAGUAAUUCAGAAGGCCUAUAAGGUUAAAGAUCACACUCUGUUUUGUAAUUGUGAUAUUCUUGCUGGUAUAUAUUUUGGUCUAAGAUGUCUUAAUGCAAAAGGCUUCUAGGAGGAUUUAAGAGGCAGUUAAAAGUUACUAGACAAGUGACAUCUACUCACGUGACUAGCUCAAACUGUAAUAACAAUCAGGUAAUGAUUUAACUUGUUGACAUUAUGUCAGACUCUGCUGAAAUGGACUGACAGUUGGCAGUGCAGUUAAGUUGUUGGUAGCUCUUGACCUCCUUGCCAAGUAAGUCUGAUACUUUGGCUCCUCCAUUCUCCUUUCUUUAUGCUCCUAGUCAUGGCACCCAAGCAUCCCUCCUUCAGAAGAAGUGAUGACUCCUUCCUUUGAACAUAGCUAACUGAUGAUCAAGAAAGAUUUCUGUAUUUUGAGGUAAUUUGGUCUUUUUUUUUUUCCCCAUGACUACUGUUUUCCCCAUAGUCUUAACUUGGCAAUUUGAAGAGCAUCUAAAUGAGUGCUUGUUAGGAAAUCUGUGAAAUGAAGAGUGUAAGAAGCAUGUGUUUAAGUUACUGAGAACUGAGACUCACUGGUGUGGAAAUUGGAGAGCAGAAAGGGUAAAGCUGUUUGUUUGUGAAUGGGGGUGUGAGAGAGAAAGGAGAGAAUGAUUGGGAGUAAAGUAGGAGGGAUUUUUAUUGGCAGUAGGAAGAAGUACUAAGAUGAACUCUGAAUGAUAGUUGUUGACUAAGAAAAUGAGGUUGAGCUUCACUAAGGAGCUGUCAGUGUGUCCGUUGUCAGCUAAGAGAAAACUGUCCGUCUGUAGCUAGUUGUGAUGAUAGGUUCUACAAAUCUGUUUUGAUGUGUAUGAUGAUGGUUUGAGGGUUUAUAGUAUGUCUGCUUCUCUGAACAAAUUCAAGUAGCACAAUUGUGAAAUGGCAGCUUUUCUGGUCAAGGCAGAUUGGUGUUAGGAACUUACUAUUUUGGGAAAAAAAACAGUUCAACCUUUUUCAUUUGCCAUUUUCAAGUUGUCAGUGACAUUUAUCAUAUACUAUUAUCUUGGACUCGUCACAGUGUAGCUUAUGUUUGCAAUUCAAGAUUAUCCUUCUAGUUCACAAGAUCGACACCCAAAGGUCUUCUUUUACAGACUCUUUAGCCUUUGGUCCACAUACGUUUUUUUGGAAGAUAGUAAAGCAGAUACAAUCACUGAAUUGCUAUUUUAAGUAUCUUUUCUAUUUCCUUUACAUUUGUAGUCCUAUCAACCAUCUAACAUUGUGGCUCUUAAGAAGCCCUUGGUAACAUAUUUCUAGAAUUAGACAGCAUAUCCCCUGAACUCAUGUUUCUGUUUGUUUUCUUACUUUAAAAUUGUAGAAUUCCCUAAAGAUAGUGUAGACGGGUGUUAAUUAUAAGUUAAUAUAUCUCCCAGGUUCUUGUUCUGUGUAACAUGAGUUGACAAUGAUUAGUUAUCUAUUCUGUAAUCCCAGAAGUGUUUUAAAUUAUUUAAGGUAAAUAUUUGUUUUUAAAGUUAAUAGUUCAGAUUCAGAUUGACUGUAAAUUUACUAUGGGUUUAUUCCAGGUAAUUUUGACACAUUACUUUCAAGAUUCAUUUUAAUCAGAUCCCUAUACAUUCCUGCAAUAAUUUGUUUUUAAAAUAGUCACAAGGAAGUUUUGGUUUAUACUUGGUAUUUUUUUUUCUCAAGUGUCAAGUUCAUUAACAGUAGUGGGAUUAUUUUUACAUAGUUUAUUUUGCAGAGUUGGCACUUAGUAUAAUUUUCACAUUUUAUUGUGUGUCAGAUUUUAAAUUAUAGUUAACAUACUAUAGUUUAAGUCUGUGAAGAGCCUUCUUAAAUAGCUCCUCCCUUAGGAAUUGUUUAAAGGAAAUGAAGAACCAGUGCUUUAAAUGACUGAGACAAGUCUGAGAGGUUUCCUUGAGUCUAGGCAAUGGAGAUAAAUGAUAGCCCAUUUCUAUGCUGCAUACAGUUUUUAGGGUUUGAUAAUGAUGUAGAAAAGUGCAAAAGCAGAAAAGACUCUGUAAAGUGGCCUAUAAAUUUAUAGUUUUCAUUAUUGCACUAUUUAUCUUUGCACUUGAUUUUUUUGGAAAUUAAAGACUAGUCACUUUCACUUUUGUUUCUAGUCUUUUCUAAUUUCUUGCAAAAAUUGUUUUCAAUAUCCCACCCAAAGUUAAACUCAUAUGCAAUUACAUAUGCUUUAUAAGGCCAAGAAAAUAUUUGUUAAUGUUAGCUAUGUAACAGUAAAAUUUGUUUUGAUAAAAUUUUUAAUAUAAAUCUUUUAUUUGCCAAUAAAAUUCUUUAUGAAUGUGAGCUUUAUUAAACUGUUUAAGAAAAGUAAAAGCUUAGAAUAGGAAAUAUGUCUAUGUAUAUGAAAUUGUGUCUUUGAGAUCCAACUUCCGAGCCUGGUCUGGCCUGGCUUUGGAGUGUUGGUAUGUUUCAUUUAGCAAAUGAUAUGAGUCUUACUGGGCACAUGCUUAAGAAACUGGAAGUAAAACAGAUGACAGUUCCUUCUUUUGUGUAGCUUUCCAUAAAGGUCAUAUAGUUUCUUCGUGGUUUGUGUCACAUAACUGGUAUUACAUGAAGUGACUCUUCCUUUUGAGAAUUUAAGAUUGACUUACUUUUUGAGAGAUGGGGACAGCAAAGGAUAUAAGACUUUGAUUUAACCAGAGGCAGUCUUAGCUUUCUUGAUGUGCUCUGCACAGAGAACAAAGAGUGUACCUGUGAAAUGUGUGAUGCUGUAUUCAGAACUGCAAAAAAAGAAACAUUGAAUUUUCUCAAUGGAACAGAGAGAUGUAUUUUUGGCUGGAAUUGUUUUUAUAAGUUACUUAGUAAUCUCAUUUUCUAUUUCUUUCCCUGUAGCUUUUUACACACCUCACACUUAAAACCAGCAAGUAAGAGGCCUCUUUUCAGAUCUGGUUAUUCUGAAUGUGUUCUGGAUAGGGAUGUUGAUCGUGACAUGUUCUUCCCAUGUUCUGCUGGUCAUUGUGGUUCAUACUGUUUGCAGAUUCUGUUAAUUCAGUGAUGUAUUUGAAAUGAGAAUGUUGUCUACAUCAUGGUGUGAAUGUAUGUGGCUAGAUUCCAUUGUGGAGCCUGUAGCUUUGUUUUUAAUUUAAGUAGAAAGUUUAACUGUAGUCCAGAUUUUAAGGUUAUGUAUAGGAAUUGUGCCAGGUAGUUGUCUAAAUAUGGACCAAUUUUGGAAAUGAAAGUUAAUGAAUUUGGAUUUGACUCAAGAUAAUUCUGUAUGCAAAACCACAAGUUAAAGGCUCACAUCAUUAGAGUUACCUACAUUUGAUGGCCUUAGCUCUUUAAAUGUGGAUGACAUUCAGCAUUAUAUCUGUGAAUUUCCUUAGGAAAAGAAAAGAUUUAGUUUUUAUACCUUUUCUUGGAGGCUAAAUUGACUGCAUAUGGAAGUGAGAAAAUUGUAGCAAGUGGCUUUUUUUUUUAGUGGAGUUUAACCAGCUUAAUUCCUUUUCCUACUUUGAAGCACUUAUUUCCCAAAUAUGAAUAAAGGGAAAGAUCAGCAACCCCAGGCCAUUUUUGUUGUCUGCCUCCAUUUCUUAAUCCUAUUAUACAAUAAAUUACGGGUAUCCCUCUUAAGUCCCUGUAAUGCUUUUUUUUGGGGGGGGGGUCGCAGAUACCUUUGAAAAAUCUGAUAAAAGUGAUGGACCCUCUCCCCAGGAAAAAAAAAUGCACGUAAUACAGAUAAUUUUGCUACAACCUCAGGGUCAUCACUUAUCUUCUGAAAUCCAAGUUAGGAAUUUUUGCUCUGAGCAAACUAUAUAGAAAAUUGUAAUGCAAAUUAAUUGAUAAAAUUAGGAGCUAUUGGCUUAAAACAUUUCAGAUUGGAUUAUUAUCACAUGGUGGCCCCUACUAGCGAAAUGUGAUAUUGCAACUAGCUUUGUUAGACAUUAUAACAUCCAGACAGAAGGGGAAGAGAAGUUCUGAGAGCUAUUUAUAAGGAGUCAGGUUAUCUCCAGAUAAGGGAGCCAUUCCUGGUUCAAGGUAGGGGUCCAGAUGCCUGACAACUUUUGCAGGGUAGAGUUUGAUAAACCACAACGCUCAGGAUGCCAAGGGGUUAGCCAUUAUCUUAACCCCUUCCUCACCAAAAGAUUUUAGUUUUGUCUGUUGGGAAAAAAAGAUGGCACUAGAGAAAAAUAAGUUGCCUUACAACUUUGCUGGAACACAUCAGUUUGGUGAAGUAUGGGACACUAGUAUUAUUUUUGAGAAGGUGCAUAAAACCAAAGUAAAUUAUUCUCUAUGUAGAACAUUAUUUACUAGUAACAUUUGUUUGGGUGUAUUAGCUUUGACAAUUUUUACCAAUAAAUACUGAGUUUAUUUAAAACUGGGAGUCCAGUUUACAUAUAGGAUAGUUGAUAUAUCCAUCUUUUCCCCAUGUAAAGAAUAGUCUAAAAGAUUUAUGUAUACUUUUUACUUUUCUCUCUUGGUACCAUGGGGUGGGAGUGGGGGAGGACUUUAACUCAACAACUGACAAAUGUCUUCAAAUUCAAAAAUCAAGAAGCAGCACUUUAAGUCUAACUCCACGCCAUUUUAGUGCAUGUAUUAGUUUAAAAAUGAUUUUUGGUGCAUGCCUUUGGGCUUAUUCAAAAGUGUACAAUAGAAAAGUAUAUUUCCUUUCUUAGAAAGGAGAUGUUUUUCUACUUUGCAACAUGUGAUUACAAAAAUCUUCCUCUGUGGAAAGAUUAACCAUGUAUUGAACUACUGAAAAGUAUAUAUUUUUAGAUAUACAGAAGGAAUCUACACGGGGCAGCGUUCAGACCUAUAUAGAAGUCAUAGCAUUCUGUAUAGGACCAAAAGGAAGUAACAUUCAACACUUAAACAGACUUUGUUGGGUAGAAAUACCUUUCGAUCUUGCAUUGACUUCCAAAAAGAAAAUGCCGCAGAAGUUUGCUGAAACUUUUGUUUGAAUUUUCUCUGUCAGUGUAUUUAGCCCAAAUGCAACAGCUUUGGGUUAGCACAAUGUAAGAAUCAAAACACAAAACUAAAUAGUUCAGUCUAGUUUGCCAAUCCAGCUUGACUGAAAUAAGUAACCAAUCACUUGCAAACUGAAAAACUGUCCAACUCCUCUAAGGUUUUGACAAAAUAACCUUGGCUGACGUGGGAACACUCCUACUUUGAAUUCUGACCUGACAGUGAAGAUUCAUGCUUGACAUGAGUUCAAACCUGACAGUGUCUGUUUAAGGAGUCAUGGUACAGUUUGCUAAUUCAAUCCCAGAUACCUGUUGAUUACCUGUAAGAUCUAGAGUCCAAAGUAGCCAGCAGCCGUAUCCCUGAGUGCUCUGUGCCCAUCAGAUAUUGUGAAGUAAGCAGAAUUGGGACGGGUCACAGCUCUGAGGAUUGACCUCAGGUGCUGUAGACAGCUCCAGAUUCAAGAAUUAUAUCUGCUUCCUUGGGAGUCAUCACUGAACUAAUGUCCCACACUGCAUUACUUACUGUAGAUGCUCUCCAAGAGGAGGCCCAGAGCACACAUCCUAGUUGUUUGUGGUACUCAGAGAGGGGGUGCUAACUCUGAUGCCCUGGCCAAAUUCCAGUUUAGGGAUGUGGGUCUUCUUGUCAUUCUAAUUGGAAAUGUGCAUCACUUCCCAUUUUUCCUGUUGCUCUCAGUACAAACUACACAAGUCUGUUCCUUUGCCCCAAUCCCAAGUCUCCAAGAUACUGGUAUUAUAUGGGCCAAGUUCAUGCCUUAUCUUAAUGCACAAGAGUUGAAGAGUGAGUGAGCUUGAUAUCAUCAGGAUGCCCUGUACUUGGAGGGUGGACUCUUGUGAUGCUUGGGAAUGAAACCAGCCCUCUUUCAGCGUAUGUUAGGAAAUAUGCACUGGUUGGAAGCUUCCAGCUGUAAGGAAUGAGCUGAAACCAGUUUCCCCUCUUCUUAUAGCAUGAUAAGAAAGUCUGUUGGGUUUUCAGCAGUUGGGGAAGGCCGGAGUUCUGCAGCUUUAAUCUGGGUAACUAAGGUUGUUUUAAUCUGGGUAACUAGCUGGUUUAAUAUGGAUAACUAAGGCUGGUUUGAGCAAGACUUUGGUAAAUUAACUGGGUUCUCAGAUGCCACAGACUCCGUGAUAAGUCACCAUUAUUUUCAAUGGCCGUGAUAGAGUCCCCCUGUAGCCGUUACUUUAAGAUUACAUGCAGAGUUGCUUUAUUUUGAGCUUUUUGUGUACACACAAUCCCAAACUGGAAAAACUUAAAAAGGAAUCCUGCUGUGAAAGGUAUAUAUUACUCUAGAUUUUUCUUACUGUAAAUAUUGUAAGAUUGUAAUACUGUCAAUAUUUUAUUAACCAACAAAUGUUAAUCUAUGUGAAAUCAGACUUAUUUUAAAUGUGCUUCUUAUUUACUGUGUGUGGUCCCUGUUGCUGACAGUAUUAAGUUAUAUUCUGAUGUAAGAUUAACUUUAUUAAAGAAUGUAAACAUUAAUGUUUCCUUAUGGGAAAACAAAUAAAGUAUAAAGAAGACAAUUCUUUUCAUUGAAAUAUACUGUGUAUUUACACUUGCUAGACCCAGCACCACUUAUAAACUUAGUCACUGUCCAGUUUCAGUUAACACAGCUGACACGAUUGUGCUCCACUUGAAAGUCUAAGCCUUGGUGUUGUUGGAAUAGAAAGUUUGUAUUUGUCUGCUGUGAAUCAUCUUGAAAUUUCUAAUCAAGUUUGUAAAAUUUUUAUAGUAAAAGUUUUAAUGACAAUUUAAAAAAUUACCUUCUCUAAAGAAUGGUCAAAACAAUAUCCUUUCAGAAAUAGAGUUGCUCUUUACUAUCUUUCCAAAAUGACUUUGGUUAAAUGGACCAGGUGUAUAUUAGUUAAAAUCUAGGGCUAAGUUCUUGAUAUUCUUUGAGUUUACAAGUUAAUCCUUAUUGGAGUUGUGCCAAUAUACAAUAGAAUAUCAUUAAUUUGCACUGUUUGGGGACCCCAUUUAAAAAUGCUGAAUUUUGCCAACUAAAAAUAAGCAAAUGCAAUUUUAAAAGUAAAUUUGAGCAUUCUGUGUUAAAUAUGUGCAGUUAUUAUCAUAUGAAGAAGCGCAGUGUGUUGGGCUGUAAUAUAACCAUAUUUGCUGUCAUGUUCUCCCAUCUCAGUGCUGGGAACUCACCAUGUGGAAACCAAGCAACCGUGUUGUGCAUCAGCCGGCUUGAGUUUGUUCAAUAUCAAAGCUGAAGCUAGCGAGGUCUGCUGUACUGCUUAUUGAAGUAUUGUGAUUCUUUUAGGCAUUGAUUCUUACAAAAUAUAUACUGUAACAGUAUACUUUGUACAGAUUUAAAUUUUAUUUGAAAAAUGAAAUAAAGUAGGCAAAAAAUAAAGAUGUUUAUUUUUCAUGUGA